GCCCUGUUGGGCAUCUGGGAGGCGGAAGUGGCCUCCGUGAGCGCAGGGACAUGGCGUCGGGCGGCGCCUGCAGCUCCAGCCCCUCCGCGGAGCGGUUGCCCCCGCCCUUUCCCGGGGCCGAAGGGGACGCGGACAGCGACUCCGAGGGCGAGGACAUCUUCACCGGCGCCAGCAAGCCUCAGUCGCCCAAGAGGGAAUCUCCUCUCCCAGUGAAUAGCAGCUUCAAAGAAAAUGGGGUUCGUGUGGAACAAGAUGAUCAGGACCUAUUUGCAGAUGCCACGGUGGAGCUGUCUCUGGACAGUACACAAAACAGCCAGAAGAAGGAACCAGCCAGAGUGUCCAGCCCUGCCCCGCCUCUAGAAAUAGCAACAAGUUCUUCUUCCAAACACCAGCCAAAGAGCUAUGAGGAGCUGGAGGAAGAGGAACAGGAGGACAAGUUCGAGCUGACUGUGGGAGUGAGUGACCCAGAAAAAAUUGGGGAUGGCAUGAAUGCAUAUGUAGCCUACAAAGUCUCAACACAGACCAGUCUGCCACUGUUCAGGAACAAGCAGUUCUCUGUGAAAAGGAGAUUCAGUGACUUCUUGGGUCUGUAUGAGAAGCUAUCAGAGAAGCACUCUCAGAAUGGAUUUAUAGUCCCACCACCUCCAGAAAAAAGCUUAAUAGGAAUGACCAAAGUGAAAGUUGGGAAAGAAGACUCAUCCUCUGUGGAAUUCCUGGAGAAAAGACGGGCUGCUCUAGAAAGGUACCUUCAGAGAAUAGUCAACCAUCCAACCAUGCUGCAGGACCCUGAUGUAAGGGAGUUCUUGGAAAAAGAAGAGCUGCCCCGAGCAGUAGGCACCCAGACACUGAGUGGAGCAGGUAUACUAAAGAUGUUCAGCAAAGCCACUGAUGCUGUCAGCAAAAUGACCAUCAAGAUGAAUGAAGCAGACAUCUGGUUUGAGGAGAAACUUCAGGAGGUGGAGUGUGAGGAGCAGCGCCUACGGAAGCUACAUGCUGCUGUAGAAACACUAAUCAAUCACAGGAAAGAGUUAGUACUGAACACAGCACAGUUUGCAAAGAGUUUGGCCAUGUUAGGGAGUUCAGAAGACAACACAGCCCUGUCCCGAGCACUCUCCCAGCUGGCUGAGGUGGAAGAGAAGAUAGAACAGCUGCACCAGGAACAGGCCAACAGUGACUUCUUCAUCCUGGCUGAGCUCCUGAGUGACUACAUUCGCCUUCUCUCGGUUGUAAGGGGUGCCUUUGACCAGCGCAUGAAAAUCUGGCAGCGUUGGCAGGAUGCCCAGACCAUGUUGCAGAAGAAGCGGGAAACUGAGGCUAGGCUGCUGUGGGCCAACAAACCUGACAAGCUACAGCAGGCCAAAGAGGAGAUCUCUGAGUGGGAGUCUCGUGUGACGCAGUACGAAAGGGAUUUCGAGCGGAUUUCUACCGUGGUCCGCAAGGAAGUGAUACGGUUUGAGAAAGAGAAAUCAAAGGACUUCAGAAACCACGUGACUAAAUAUCUUGAGACACUCUUAAACUCACAGCAGCAGGUGCCGCAUGGCUGGAGGUGGGGAGUCUUGUCAAACCAAGCUAAAGCUUAUCACAGGAUGAUUUUUAUUUUGAAUAUAUUGUGGGAAGCUGGAAACCAGUUUCUCAAUUAAAACAAACACUGGAAGAUCUGGAGUAGAAAUUAGACUAUCACUUCAAACACUCCCUCCCUGGGCUAGCAACAGGUAUUACCCUACUGAGCAAUUAAAAGUUUAACUGGCCUUGUCUCGCCUUCUAACGCUCCGCACUUGUGCAUGGGGGAGAAUGGUCUGGUCUGUGGGAUGGGACUUCUAGAGGAAACCCUUAGUCACCACCUUUCUCCUCCCCACCCUAAAUUUAGUGUGUACUGUGCUCUCCAUUGUGCAGUGCGCCUUUGUUCUCCUGUAUCUUGCACCUGCAGAGCCUAUUAUCCCUCUGUCUUGCCAGCCCAGAGCAUUUAAAAAUGAAUUGGACCUCAGGACUAAACCAAACAUGUUUCAACCUGCCUUCUUGUUGGAACCUGUAUGGCUCCCGAGUGCAGAGCCAGAGCCUGAACACAGAUAUCUCUCUAAUCUCACUUAGAUGUGGAACUCAACUAGUGUGACUCCACACGCUGACACUAAAGCACCAAAUAUCACAGAACACUUGACAAAACCGCAGGCUGAGAAUGCCGUGCCUCACUCAUGAGCUGUGUUGUGGGGAAACAAGCUUCCUCAAAUUAGACUUUGCCUUGAGAUCACAGGGAACUGCAGGACCCCCAUCUGUAUCCAGGGGUUCUGGUAUUACAUUUCAGCCACCUGCCACUGAUAACCACCCUUGUCUUGCAUACUAAGUUUUAAUCAAAGUAGACUGCUGUGCAGAGAAAACAACCUUAAAUGCAAACAAUCACCAGAAGGAUCUGAACAGUGCCUGAAAAGGCCUUGGCCACAAGGUUGCUUACACGUGUUCCUCCACCAGCUUUCACAGUGUUCCAACCUCAGCAGGGAAUUAGGUUAAAACUGUUCCAGUAAACUCCUUUUUAAUGCAGCUUAAUUCUGCUAGAUGCUACUGUCAUGUGCUUUUGGAAUCUGUUACUGUGGCAUGUGUGGGCUCCUAGCAACAGUCAGUGCAGGAGAAAUGGUUUGAUCACAGAUCCUCUCCUUUAAAUAAGGCUGCCCUCAUGUUGGAGGUCUUAACUGUAUAGGCAAAAAGUUUUCAGCCACAGGCUAGCCCCUGCCCUUAGCUUAACAGGUUUGAUUUUAGCUGUUUUGGUACCCUGAGCAAUAAGGCAAAGCACUAGCCAGGCAUUUACACUUAACAUUGCACCUUGAGGGCCAGUUUACCUAGGGUUUGCUCAAAUGGUAUUUUGGGGUUCUGUGUCAGACUGCAGAGGGUUGCAUUGUCUUACACUUGAUACCACUCCUCCCAUGAACAAAGCAGGAGUGGGAAGCUAACAGCUGUUUCCUCAGAGGUGAACUAGCCACUCCUUCUUGGGGGGGGGCAGGGGUAGUGUCCCUAAAAGGGGUAGGGCCUAUAAGAUUGUGCCAGGCUGUGUCUGACGCUGCGGUACUAUAUAUACCCUUCAGCACUCCUUGGGGUGCCACCUUCACACAAGACCUAGCACAUGUUAGAUGUGCUCUAGGUCUAAUUAGUUAUGGCUAAGACAAAGGAGAAACAUGGCCUAGGCCAUUCCUAGUGUCACUGCUGUGACCUGAGACAGAUUCUCUACAAAUUUGAAAUGGUAAAGGAGACAUGUAAAGCCCUAAAUACCCCCCAUAGAGCAGUGGUUUUCAACCUGUGGGCCCUGGGGGCUGUACCUCUAUUUGACUUUUUUUUUUUUUUUAAGGGUUCUACAAGUGUGUAGGGGAGGGGCUUGAAAACCACUGACCUAGAGAGGCUACCUCUGGCUUGCCUAGAGGAGAGUGUGCUGUGGAGCACUACAAGCCUCCUGCCCCUAGAUCUAGAAUUGCCAUGUUUAUUCUUCAACCCUGCAGAGAAAUAUGGGUCCCAGGCUCUGUAUAUUAAAGGGAUGGUGAAGGAAUCACUGAGCCUGGGACAAGGCAUUUAAGGAUGUCUGCAAAUGAGCAGCUAGUCCAUAGAAUAUGGUAUCUUACAGCCAGAGAGAUGCUAAAGUGAUGUUUUACCUACCCUGCCCAGCAUGUCACCCUCCCCUGAAAGGCAGCCACCUGUGGCAGGAGAAUGAGCCCCAUGGGGAUUAUCAGGAAGAUGUGCUCAAACAUCUCUCAUGGCUGAAUUUCACUCUCCCUUUGCCCAAGCCCAGCCAAGGUCCUACCUUCCCCCAGAAGCCAGACACUGCAUGGUCCUGCCUUGCUGAGGGCUGGGAUGAGGGUGUCCAGGUUGAGGAUAAAGAUGCAACAAAUUAAAACUCUUAAAUGGCCCUGUUUCCUGUCCUAGCAGCACAGGGGAGCCUGGCAUGCAACCUCCCCAGUGGUGCUUUCCUUGAACCUAGUCAUUUGCAGGGAUAGUUGCAGAGCAUAAAUUUCACCCCUUCCCUAGGCUCGCUGUGAGCUGCUUCGAGGAAAGGCUUUCAGGGCUGAGCAAUGGGAUAUCUCACACUUACCUGUGCCCCAGAGGACCUUGACCUGAACAGCUAGUCAGUGACUGCUGGACCAGUGCAGGAUAGGGAUUAUUUGUGUCCCCUACCCAGCCUUUUACAGAGAGAAAUAAAACAUGAGCCUUUCCGCUAGUCUACAGUCUAAUCCAGGGCUUCUCAACCUCUGGGUCAUGACUGCAAAUUACACUGUGAGAAUGACAGAGUUGUGUGGAGAUGGGGGGAGGGUUGGGUCCUGCCCCAGGGGGUAGGGGGGAUUGUAGAGUCUGCCUCUUAUACUUGCCCCACCACAGCUCCUGCAGCUGUCAGAGGCCUCAUCUUGUGCCCAGGGUUGCAGUGCUGCUCAGGUUUGACCCAGCCCAAUAUCAUGAUAAUGGGGGCACUGGCUGGGCUAGAUGUGUGUAACACUGCAACCCCAUGGGCUAGGUCACAACGCCUCAUGCAAAUUUGGCCUGCCAGGGGGGCUAGCCCCAAACUGAGCAGUGCUGCUACCACAGAGGUUGCAACAAGAGGGGCUGGGAGCCGCCGCUGUAUGCAGUGUACUUGUUUAGUACUUACUGUGUUAAUAGGGCUAGUGUAUCUCCUGGGUAUUCAGUAAGCUAGAUGGUUUUUGCACUGAAGCUAUUUAGUGAGUCAUGAGAGGCUCUUGAAGUUCACACCUGGGUCCUGAACCCCAGCAGCUUGAGAACCAGGCUCUAAUCCAUCCCGCUACUAGCGAGGGUCAUAACAAAGUUGGGGAAUGGGUGAGGAAGGCCAGAUUCCCAGGAAGAUGGGGCAGUUGCCGUUUAAGGCAGACUUUCUCACCCUGUAGGUUGGGACCCAGGACUGAGUCACCAGAAUGUUUCAAAGGGUGGCAUGGCAGCUCCUGGGGCUCCUCUCCUGCUGGGCUCAACUCCCUGCUCCAGGCACUGCAACUUCUGGGGUCCCAGCGCUUUGUAAGAAAAAGACCCAAAAAUCAGGACUGUCCCUAUAAAAUCAGGACAGCUGGUCACCCUAGUUGAAAGG